GAGGGCUGGGCGCUGGGGCGGGGUGCGCGCCCCAGAGGAGAUCGCCCGGGCCGGCAGCAGCAUCCUAGUCGGGAAGCCCCUCGCCGCGGGCCUGGGAGCCCCAAGAAACCCGCGCACACAGAGCCCAGCUCUUCCCCGGCCAUAGAUCUCCAGCGCGAUGGCCGGGCUACGCGUCCUGCUGUGCCUCGGGGCGCUUCUGGCCCGCCAGGGCUCCGCAGACCUAGGUGCUGUGGCCAUCGGCGAAGUCCAUGAGAAUGUCACUCUUCACUGUGGCAACGUGUCAGGAUCCAGGGGCCUGGUGACCUGGUACCGGAAUGAUUCAGAGCCCACCUUCCUGCUCUCCUCCAACUCCAGCCUCCCUCCAGCUUCGCCUCGCUUUUCCCUAGAGGACGCAGGUGCCCUGCACGUGGAGGCACUGAGCCUGGAGGAUGAUGGCAACUACACCUGCCGGGAGGAUCUGAAUGGGACCCGCUGGUUCCCUGUGUGGCUGCGCGUGGCCAGUGGCCCUGAUCAGAUUGAGGUUAACAUCUCAGCCACUGGCACCCUCUCCAAUGGUACCCUGUACACCGCCAAGGGCUCCCAGGUGGACUUCAGCUGCCACAGCACAUCCUGGCCUCCGCCUGUGGUGGAGUGGUUUAUCCAGGCCAACAACUGGGAGUCCUUAGGAAAGAACCUGACGGCCAAUAGCUUUGCACUGUUGCAGAUGUCACAGAACCUCCAAGGCAACUACACCUGCUCAGCCACCAACGUGCUCAGCGGGAGACAGCGAAAGGUGACCACCGAGCUCCUGGUCUACUGGCCCCCUCCCUCAGCUCCUCAGUGCUCAGUGGUGGUGUCUUCAAAAUCAGCCACCCUGGAACUUACCUGUAAUUGGGAUGGGGGCUACCCUGAUCCAACCUUCCUGUGGACUGAAGAACCCGGAGGGACAGUCUUGGGGAAUUCAAAGCUGCAAACCCUGAGCCCGUCACAGCUCUCUGAGGGCAAGAAGUUCAAAUGCUUCGGGAGCCACAUAGUGGGACCAGAGUCGGGAGCCAGCUGUGUGGUACAGAUCUCGAGCCCCUCGCUUGCUUCUCAGCCCAUGAAGACUUGCUUUAUGGGAGGCAACGUGACGCUCACUUGCCGAGUGACAGGCGCCAACCCACCUGCCAGGAUCCAGUGGCUGAGGAACAUCACGGAGCCAGAGGCGGCCAUCCAGCCCGGCAGCCACUAUCAGAUCACCCGGCACGGCCAGGGCUCCUCCCUCACCAUCUACAACUGUUCCCAGGACCUGGAUGAGGGCUUCUACUUCUGCCGGGCUGAGAACCUCGUGGGGGUGAAGGCAGUAGACAUCUGGCUGAGUGUGCAAGAGCCUCUGAACAUCGGGGGCAUGGUGGGGAUGGUGGUGAGCCUCCUCCUGCUGGGACUGGCCAUUGUUGUGGGGCUCAUGCUGUAUUAUAGCCCUGUGUUCUGCUGGAAAGCAGGGAACACUUUCAGGGGACAGGACAUGGGUGACAUCAUGGUUUUGGUGGAUUCUGAAGGGGAAGACGAGGAGGAGGAGGAGGAGGACAAGGAAGAUGUUGACGAGGUAGAGCAGGAGACAUACGAGAGAGAGGAGUUGCCCAUAGAGAUACGUAAGCAUGGACACAUUCACAGAGUCACUGCGCUGGUCAAUGGGAACUUAGACCGCAUGGGGAAUGGAUUCCAGGAGCUGCAUGAUGACAGUGAUGAACAGCAAAGUGACAUUGUUGAAGAGGAAGACAAGCCAGUUGGAUGAAGAUAGUCCACUGUCAACGGGUUUUGCAAGUUCAUUCCGUUUUGACUGCCCUGCCCGGGAACUUGCAUUAGUGACAGCUGGGGUUCCUGGCACAGACAGUCGUCUCCCCUCACAUCUUCAUUUGGUGUGAGUUGCCUCGGCCGCGUGAAGUGCACUGGGAAGGAGCAGUGGGUACAGGGCAAAGCUACGGUGGUGUACGAGGUGCCACUUUGUGUGACACCUGGCUCUGUCCAUGUUGAUUUACUGUGACACUGAUUGUUUUUUUUGGGGGGGCACUCACUUGAUAUCUGUGCACUGUGCCGCUAUUCUGUAGUCAUGGUUUGCAGCAAGCUUGCUAAACAGGAAGGGGCAUGGAGGUGGGGCUUUUCAUCACUGUUGAGGUAAGGAACCAGGCCCCUUCCAGGGAGAGGGGAGGCAGUUUGGUUGGACCUGAGAAGUCAGACAUUGAGACUUCUUUCUUGUUGCUUUGCCUCUGUUUCCCCAUCUAGAAUAAGCAUGAAACAGCACCACUUUCCAAGUUCCUGAGCAAAGGAGGAGGUAGUUUAGGGUGUAAAGGUGUCUAGGGCGGUGCUCAAUAGAGCUGCUGUAGGGGCCCUCUUUGUAGACCGAGUCUACUCUGCCCACCCCAGCCAUUCUCUUUUACCCUAGAAAAGGAUUACCUUUCCUUAUAGCGUCAUGGUUUACAGACCUGUGUGUGGUUAUAAUAGCCUUCUAAAUGAUGGACCUGAGGCCAACUUCUGGCUCCUCUUUCCUCGUGUCUCCUGUGCUGUGCAAGGAGGCAAGGGAAACAUUUCUAGCAGAUUCCCUGGAUGAACUGGACAGACAGUCCACUUGGCCUCAUUUUCUGUGUCUUAGAAAUAGGAAUAUGUGUUUCCUUCCUACUUACUGGAUGUGCUCAUCAAGAACAGUAAGCUUCAAAAGAGAAAGGUGGGUGAUGAGUUUAAGUUGGAACAGCUAAGUGCUGGGGAUUUUUCUUUUAAAUUUCAUCUAAUUAUUCUGAAGUCAGGGAUCUUCUAAAGGUGCAAUAGGUGUGUGCUAGCCAUGAAAAUCUGACUUGGAAUUUGCACUCUCGACUUGUGCUCAGACAGGACAAGGUGCAGGGCUCUAAGGGAUGACUGUUCUCUUUGAAUGCAGGCACUGAACUGAAGAAACCACUGCCAAUAUGGCUCCUUGUGAGCUCCAGGAAGUUCAGGUGGCUGUGAAUUUGAGCCCUUGGGAACAGCAGUGAAGUAGUUCUCUGACUUAGUGGUACCUCAUACACUGGACCACUCCAGUCUCUGUCAUUUCACAGUGGGAUACUCAGGCUGCCAUCAGUCCUGGGAGCUGGCCUCUCCUUUGAGGCUUGAUGACAGAGUUCCUGAGUUAUCUGUGACUCAGAGGCAACUCUAACUGGGGAGAAGCUAGGUGGAGAGGAAGUCAUAGCUGGGAACAUGGUGAAUGUUUGGAGAUCACUCGGUGCUUCCCACAGCUUCCUCUUCUGCACACACCUGGCAAUAGGAAAUGUUUGAAAUAUUUGAGGGUUUUUCCACCAGCAGAUGGGAGCUCCAAGGGCUUGGUGCCAAAUGCUGUUCUGAAACCCUGACCAGUUAUCACUGUCACUUUUAUCAGCCUGAAUGCACAUUUAUAAAAUAGCACAUCAGUUGAGAGCCCAGGCACUAAAGGGCUUCAUGUUGGAUUUGUGAAAAAUUGGAGCCCUCAUCCCCUUUGUUCCCUUAACUCAGUUCAUACCCAGAUCUCACGGCAUAUGGACGAUGGUUACAGACUUUGUAUGGGAAGUCCAAUUUGUGCAUUGAUCUUUAAAAAAAGGCUUAUCUGCAUGUAUCAGUUAACUCUUGAAAUCCCCUUGUGAGGACCAGGGGGGAAAAACACUCCAGGGUUGUUUUCAUCACAUUGAUUUCCCUCAAGCCCAGCAGACACGGGAGAGGGGUUCUGCAACCCUGUAGACACGGGAGAGGGGCUCUGCAAGCCCAGCAGACACGGGAAAGCGGCUCUGCAACCCUGUAGAAGCACACACGUGUCAUCCUCAAGGGUACAACUUUGUACAUUUAGUGCCAAUUCAGUUUCUCAACACAGGGCUGGCGGCCAGCUGCUGCUAAGAGACUGACUGCAGGUAGCUCUGUGUGAUCGACCUUACCAUUUGAGAGGAGAAAUUAGUUAUGAAGUUGUGAAUUUUUUAAAGAUUUUGGAAUAAAAGUUAUUUUUUAAGCAUA